AUGUCAGCGCAGCGAGCAUUGACGUCAGAGGCGGCUGCUGAUUGGCUGCGGCUGUAUCCGGUGGGGCAGCGGUCCAAAGACUCGGGGAAAAAAAUCGAAGCGAAAGGAUCUGUGCGAACGGUGCUAACGGGACGAAAACAGCCUUCCCGAGUCACCAGCCAGGGGCAACACAGGGGAUUCGAACAUACAUUAGAGUACGUGCAGAAGCACAACAUCCAGCAGCUGCUGAAGGACUGCAUCGUCCAGCUGUGCACGUCCCGACCGGAGCGGCCCAUGGCCUUUCUGCGGGAGUACUUCGAGAGGCUCGAGAAGGAGGAGGCCAAGCAGAUCCAGAACCAGCAGAAGGCCAGCUCCCGCUCGGACUCUCGGGACGAAGAGGUGUCUCCGCCCAUGAACCCAGUGGUGAAGGGCCGCCGGCGAAGAGGGGCCUUCAGUGCAGAGGUGUACACAGAGGAGGAUGCUGCCUCCUACGUGAGGAAGGUCAUCCCUAAAGACUAUAAAACAAUGGCUGCUUUGGCAAAAGCUAUUGAAAAGAAUGUACUCUUCUCACAUCUAGACGACAAUGAGAGGAGUGACAUCUUUGAUGCAAUGUUCCCUGUGACCUACAUCGCUGGAGAAACUGUUAUUUUGCAGGGUGAUGAAGGGGAUAAUUUCUAUGUAAUUGAUCAAGGAGAGAUGGAUGUGUAUGUAAACAAUGAGUGGGUGACCAGUAUUGGAGAGGGAGGCAGCUUUGGGGAGCUCGCCCUGAUCUACGGAACCCCGAGAGCAGCCACAGUCAAAGCCAAAACAAACGUGAAGCUGUGGGGCAUCGACAGAGACAGUUACAGAAGAAUACUGAUGGGAAGCACUUUGAGGAAAAGGAAGAUGUAUGAGGAAUUCCUCAGGAAAGUCUCCAUUUUAGAGUCUCUGGACAAAUGGGAGCGUUUGACAGUGGCUGAUGCUUUGGAGCCGGUCCAGUUUGAGGAUGGACAGAAGAUCGUCGUCCAGGGAGAACCAGGAGAUGAGUUCUUCAUCAUCUUAGAGGGCUCUGCGGCCGUGCUACAGCGUCGCUCUGAGAAUGAAGAGUUUGUAGAAGUGGGGAGGUUGGGGCCGUCUGACUACUUUGGUGAGAUCGCCCUGCUCAUGAACCGGCCCCGCGCCGCCACAGUGGUGGCCCGCGGCCCUUUGAAGUGUGUGAAGCUGGACCGGCCUCGUUUUGAGCGAGUGCUGGGCCCCUGCUCAGACAUCCUGAAGCGAAACAUCCAACAGUACAACAGCUUCGUGUCGCUGUCUGUCUGA